AUGGCAAGUACAAUAGAUGACAUAUUCUCACCAAAGCAUAGAGAAGAGCUCAAAAAAUCACAGAAUAAAUCCAAAAAAAAGAAAGAAAAGGAUUACGAUGUAAGAGGCAGUGGCAAGCUUGAGCAAGACAUUUUCUCCUGUGAUGGAUAUAAAAUAUAUACACAUGAAGAAUUAAACAUAGGAAGGGGAGGAAAUACAAGUAAGUGCCCAAUUGACUGUGAUUGUUGCUUUUAG